GUCCCUCCUCUCUCCAUCACAUCCCUCCCUCCUCCCCUCUCCCAGCGAGUCCCUCCUCUCUCCAUCACAUCCUGCGUCUCUGCCGCCAUUCGGUGACUUCAGUUUUCUCUUGUUUGGAAGCUGCCCCCGGCUCGCUCGGCUUGUUUUUUCUCGCGGUGCCCCACCAUGGCUGACAAGAGUGAACUCAAAGCUGAGCUGGAGCGCAAAAAGCUACGGUUAGCGCAGAUCAGAGAAGAGAAGAAGAGAAAAGAGGAGGAGAAGAAAAGAAAGGAUGGUGACUUCAAGAAAGAGGCUACUUCUGCCUCACAAGAUGAGCUGGAUCUUGAGAGAAAGCGUAAAGAGACUGAGGCACUACUUCAGAGCAUUGGGAUAACUACGGAGCCCUCCAUGGUCCAUUCUCCUAUUUCUCCAUCGAACAAAUCGUUGGGAACGCCAAGCGAAUCUGAGAGCCAGGAAUCUGUGGAGGGUACAGCUGGAGCCCGGAUGCUGCAGUGGGAUACAGAUCUCUCUGUCCUUCAACUUCAGACUGAUUCUGAAAUGCGACAUCACCUGCAAAAACUAGGCAUAGCCCGAAUGACCCAUGUGGAUAUUGCACCUUGUGAGCGUCUCGCACACUGUAAGGAGACCCAAACACCUGUGGUUGCUAAACCAGAUGAAGAGAAGGAAGCAGCGCCAGCCCCAACAAAGGCAUCAACUGUCUCAGAGCCUGAGGUACCUGAAGAACCCCAAGAGCAAACUGAAGAAGGGCAUAAAGCAACUCGGCAGGACCUGACUGAGGAAGAAAAAGAAAGCAUUCUUCGUUCAGAUGGAUUUUUAUCCUUUUUCAAUCAAACCUCCCGAGUGAUUGAGCAAGCACUUACUGAACACACUGACAUCUUCUUUGACUACAGUGGGCGCAAUUUAGAUGACAAAGAAGGGGAGAUUCAAGCAGGAGCCAAGCUGUCAUUGAACAGGCAGUUCUAUGAUGAAAAUUGGUCAAAAGACCGUGUAGUUACCUGCCUUGACUGGUCACAGCAGUAUCCAGAACUACUGGUUGCUUCUUAUACCAAUAAUGAAGAUGCUUUGAAUGAGCCUGAUGGUGUUGCUGUUGUGUGGAAUAUGAAGUUUAAGAAGACCACUCCAGAGUAUAUCUUUCACUGCCAGUCAAAGGUCAUGUCUGCCUGCUUUGCACAAUUUCACCCGAAUCUCAUGGUGGGCGGGACAUACUCUGGUCAGAUUGUCCUUUGGGAUAAUCGCAGUAAUAAGAAGAUGCCUGUCCAGCGGACUCCACUGUCUGCUGCAGCCCACACGCACCCUGUGUACUGUGUGAAUGUUGUUGGUACUCAAAAUGCUCAUAACCUAGUCAGUGUCUCUACUGAUGGGAAAUUGUGUACCUGGAGCCUGGACAUGCUCUCUCAGCCACAGGACAGUAUUGAGCUGGUACACAAGCAAUCGAAGGCAGUUGCUGUAACCUCCAUGUCCUUCCCAUUAGGGGACAUUAAUAACUUUGUUGUGGGUAGCGAAGAAGGCUCCGUGUACACAGCAUGUCGCCUUGGCAGUAAAGCUGGAAUCAUCGAGAUGUUUGAAGGACAUCAAGGUCCCGUGACAGGGGUCCACUGUCACACAGCAGCAGGGGCAGUGGACUUCUCUCAUCUUUUUAUCACUUCAUCAUUUGACUGGACUGUCAAACUCUGGUCAACUAAGAGUAACAAGUCCUUAUAUUCCUUUGAGGACAGUUCAGACUAUGUGUUUGAUGUCAUGUGGUCUCCGAUCCACCCUGCACUUUUUGCCUGUGUUGAUGGAAUGGGCCGGCUUGAUCUCUGGAAUCUGAAUGAAGACUCUGAGGUUCCAACUGCAAGUGUCACUAUGGAGGGAAACCCUGCAUUGCAUCGUGUACGCUGGGCACAGUCAGGGCGAGAGAUUGCUGUGGGUGAUUCUGAAGGGCAAGUGUUGAUUUAUGAUGUUGGAGAGCAAAUAGCUGUUCCCCGGAAUGAUGAAUGGACCAGUUUUGCACAAACACUCGCUGACCUUAAAGCAAAUGGGAAUGAUGCAGAGGAAGAAGCAACAGCAGGUCUCCUCGCAUAGGCUGAUUGUAGAUAUUCUGUCGCAUUCCUCUAAGUGGAAGAAACUGCAUUAGUUAGCUCAAAUUGGCUUCCCUUUUUGCCCCUCUCUUGCCAAGUUUUAGACAGUGCAAUGGUGAAUCAUGUAAUUUGCCCCAUGUGACGCUAAUUUUCAGGACACCAUACCACUAACAGUAAGAUUUCCUGUGCAGUUGUCUUAUUAGAGUGUCCAGUAGCAUAUGGGUGCAAAACUUGCAUGUAAGUUAUAUAUCUAUGUAGCAAUUAACUCCAUGCUUAUUGCUGCUGUUUCAUUAAUCUAAAGCAGGAGUUUAUAACCUUUGGUGCAGUGAAUGGCCACAUGUGAUAGCUUUUGGAUAAAGAGCAGAGAUUAAGCAGCACAUCCAGCAUUAUGUUUACAACACCAUUGGUUUCACCAUUCAGACAAAUACUGAAGGAUAUUCCAACUUAACAGCACUUUCAUAUCACUGGAUCAUCAGCAAAUAGCUGGGCCUCAAUCUGCUGACUGACUUCCCUUUGCAGCUCUUGGGUCCUCCACAAUGUACUGUCAGGUCUCAGCUAUUGGGAGGGGAGGGCAAAUAGUUCAACAAAUAGAUUACUCUCAGCACUUUCUACAUUGCAAUUUCACAGUAUGUCCUUAACAUCCUGAUGCUAAUCAUCAUGUCAGCACCUUAAAUUUCCUACAUAAUUCGCAAGUGUUUAGAUUUUUUUAAAAAUUAUGUUUGUGGUUUAGAAUUUUUGGAAUUGCUGUGCGUGCUGCUUCUGAUUCAGUAAUGAUCACGUGACUGAGUUUCAAGCAAACACUGGGCAAUGAAAGGAGCAGAGGCAAUUCAGCCAGGUGCAGACUGCAAACCAGAUCAAAUCCCCAAAGAAGACAGGGUGUACCACUGGCUAUAGACCAGGAGCUGAUCACAGGCUUGGCUUUGUAAAGUCAGGGUUUUAUGUAAAAGUACCUGGGAGGGCUGCCAAGGUGGAUGGAGUAGCUUGAUUUUAACUGGCUGACAGGAGGCUCACUGCUUCGGAGAGAUGGGGAUUUUAGUAGCUGCACAAUAGAACCAAGCAGGAAGUGUCUUCCUCAUGGCAGAGGAUGACUCAUUUGGGUCAUGGAGUAUGUACACAUUUUUGGACAUACCAAGUGAUUCCUUUUAGACUUGCUAGUUAGACCACUAAAGACCUGAGUACUAGUGGGUGGAAAGUGCCUGGUACACAGUUUGCCCACUGGCAGCUUAAAACCGACACUGGAUUCCUGCAUGUCAUAGGUCCCUGACAAGGAUUUUAGAAUAAGAUUCUUGAAGAGAACCCCAUGAAAAUGGUAGGAAGCAAGAAUUCAGGUGUAAGUACAGUAAUAGAUAAUUCUACUCAAUAAAAUUUCACAUUGUGUUACGGCAGGAAUUUUAGAACAAAGAACACGAGCACUGUCUCACAGAAACGUAUAAACCUAUUAAAAGAAAGGUUUAAAAUUGGGUGGCAGUUCAUUUCUUUGCUGUUUUUAAGUGGAAAUUCACUUGAUAUUCUAAUAAAAAUAGACAAUGAUUCUGAAUGUCAAACUCUUGAGUACUGCACAGAUAUAACAAAAAUAGAUUAUGCAUGUUUAACAUAUGAGGGUGUUGAAGAAUUGCAUGGGGAUCACUUGGGAUGUUUGUAGCUUUACAAUCGUCAUUGUGAGGCUAAUGAGAAAGGAGGAUCAGUUAUUUGUGUAUCCAAAGUGUUUGUUGUCAUCAAUAUUCUAAACAUUAUUCUAUAAGAUCUAAUAUUCAAGAAGUUUCUGAUGAGCUUGACACAAAGGAAGGCACAUUUAGUUCAAAUUAAUUUUGGACAGGUUAUUAAUUUCAAAAGUUCUAGCUUGCAGAACAGCAGUUGAUCAGCAGAUGGCUUUUUAUGCUUGAUCUAUUCCUAUAUUUUCUAGAGAUAAUCUCUCUUUCUUGCUACAGGCUAGCAGAGUGCAUUUUCCAAUUCUGGCCAGGAUGGAUUCUCCUCUGUCCACAAUUGGAAAACUUAAAGGGUCUCUAUAUCCCUGUAACCCACUGCCAGCAAGUUUGUCUGAGGCAUUAGCUAAGUGAGGGUUAAUUUUAAAUGCAGCCCACCUUCAAAACUUCCAAAGAGUUAAAGAAAGAUCUUGCAGUUUCAGAAGAUUUUGAUAGAACCUGCUCGACAGUAAUAGAAUUUCAUACACACUGUAUUCACUCUUUGCGUGAGCGUUACAAAGUAAACUAUGACAAUGAGAAAAGAAAAGGCUGAUGAAGUUGCAAAAAUAGUUGUAAAUCUGAGGAUCUUUAGAAUCCAUCAAAGGAGGACCAGGGAAAGGGAGAAUAGAAAAUGAAUGCAGUCUUGCAAAAAAUAUCAAAACUAACUAAACACUUGAUAGGCACAUAAAAGGAAAUUUCCAGCUAAAAUGAUUGUGGGUCCAAUACAGACAGUCAGAAAAAUUCCUAAUGGAGAAAUGGCAGAGAAGCUAAAUGAUUACAUUGUCUGUUUCCAGUGAGGCAGGUACCAGAGAUCCAAAUGGCUAGGGAGAUUGAGAAGUUGAAGGAAAUUAGUAUUAGCAAUAACAUUGCACUGGAGAAAUUAAUGGGGCCGAGAGAUGAUAGAUCCCCAGGAUCUGAUGGUCUCCAUCCCAGAGUGUUGAAGCAGGUGGCUGUAGAGAUGGUCAAUGCAUUGGUGAUUCUCUUCCAAACUCCUGCAGAUUUUGGAAUGAUUCCUCUGGAUUGGAAGUUUGCAAAUAUCAGUCCAUAGUUUAGGAAGGGAGAGAGAGUGAGAAAGUAACAACAGACCCAGUAGCCUUACAUUAGCAGGAGGGAAAAUGCUAGAAUUUAUCAUAAACAACAUGAUAAAUGAAUGCUUGAUGAUAAGUGAUCUGAUGGGCGUAGCCAGCAUGGAUUUGCAAAUGGAAAGUUGCGUUUAAUGAAUUUGUUGGAGUCUUUUUGAAGAGAUUACUAGCAUAAUUGGUAAAGGCAAGCCAAUGGCACUAGUAUACUUUAUUCUCAGAAGGCUUUUGCUAAAGUCCUCCACAGGCUGCUGAUUAAAAGAGUAAAUCACAUGGGAUAGGAGGCAAUGUGCUGGAAUGGUUUAAUGAUUGGCCACCAGACAGAGAGUAGAAUAAUUAGUUUGUUCUCACACUGGCAGGCUGUGACCAGUGAGCUACCACAAGGAUCAGAAUUUGUGGCCCCAACUGUUCACAAAACAACAAAUGGCCUGGGGGUGGGGACCAAAUCUGUGGAUGAUACAAAACCAAGUGGGAAUCUGUGUUGAGAAGAUAUAAAAUGGCUUCAGGAGGAUUUGGACAAGUUUGGUGAGUGGGCAGAUGGAAUAUUCGGUGGAAAAAAUACCCACUUUGGUAGGAGAAACAGAUAUGCAGAGUAUUUCUUAGACCGUAAGAGGUUGAAAAGUGUAGAUGUACGAAGGAAUAUAAGUGUCGUCAUCGACAAAUCACUGAAGGCUAACGUGAGGGGUCAGCAAGCCAUGCGGAAGGUUAAUGGAAUGUUAGGCUUUGUUGCAGGAGGAUUUGAGGACAGGAAUAGUGACGUCUUGUUUUGAUUAUGUUAGAGCUUGUUUAGACAACUCCUGUAAUAGUUUAGGUCUUCUCAUCUCAGGAAGGAUAUUAUUGUCAUAAGGGAGUGCAGCAAAUGUUCACUAGACCCGUUCCUGGGACGGUGGGACUGUCCCAUGAAGAGAGAGUGGGCAAACUGGGACUGUAUUCUCCAGUUUUGAAGAAUGAGGGGUUACCUAAUUGAAACCAACAAAAUACCUAAAGGGAUAGACAGGUAAGUUCUUUUUCUUACAUGAGGAGACUCGUUAUUGUCUCGAGCUUAAAGCAGCUGCAGACACAGCCUCUAACAGCAGAGCAAUAGAAAUUUGGGAUAUUUAGGAGCUCAGUGUUAGAGAAGCACAGAGAUCUCCAGAGGGAUGCAGGGGCUGGAGGACACAGUGCUAGUAUAUUGCUUGGUGUAAUACAUAAACCACCAGCUAGGAACAAAUCUGAAGGAAAUUAGAGGUGUUAAACAUCAUGGAGUAAUUAUAAUAGGGGACUUUGAUUACCCACAUAUAGAUUGGGAUAGAGGUCGUGCAAAGGCCAAUGAGGAACAAGUGUUUCUGGGUUGUGUUCAGGAGAAUUUCCAACUAGAGGCACUGUUAGAUCUGGUUCUUCAGGACAAGGUGGGCCAAGUAGAUCAAGUGUUAUUGUGGGAAUGCUUGGAGGUUAGUGAUCAUUGUAUGAUAAGGUUUCAGCUGGCAGUGGGAAAAUGACAUUGAUCAAGCCAGAGUAAGAAUAAUUCCCUGGUAGAGAGCAGAUUUCAGUGAGGCAAGAACAGAACUGUCAGACUGAAAACAAAAGUUGGUGAGAAUAACAGUGGCUGAACAAUGGGCCUCCUUUUUGUUCGGGUGUAGUCAAUGGAAAAGUGGGACAAACAAAUCCAGAGCUGCCUGGGUAACAAAGGGGAUAGAAAUUAAGUUUAAAAAAGGAAGAUUGUACUUACGGCAAGAGUCGGGUGGUAAAUACAAUUGAGAACCAAGAGGAAUACAGAAGGUUCAGAAAGGAGGUGAGAAAGCAAAAUCAAAAGUGGCAAGGAAUUAUGAGGAGAAGACUGGCUGCUAACGUAAAAUGAAAUCCCAAAGUCUUGCUUCAGCAAAAUAUGUCUCACUAACUUAGCAGAGUUUUUGGAAGAGGUAACACAGGGUUGAUGAAGGUAAAGCUGAUUAUAUUGUGAGAGUGUAUUUCCAAAAAGAAUUUAAUUCAGUGCCAGGCAUCAAACUUCUAAGAAAAUGAUUAGGUCGUGAAAUAAUAGGGACAGUAGCUAUGGGGAUACAAAAUUGUCUGAGUGAUAGCUAACACAGUGAUGUUAAUUGAGUAUUUUUCAGGCUGUGGAAGAUGGUUUAUAGUAAAGUUUCCUAGGUAUUAGUAUUGGGACCUUUGCUUUUCCUAACAUACAUAAAUAUGGUCUGGAUAUUGGUGUGCAGGGGCCAGUUUCAAAGUUUGCAAGCAGCACAAAACUUGGCAGAAUUUUAAGCGAAGGAAGACAGUGUAGAACUUCACAAGCACAUUAACAAGUUGGUGGAAUGAAGAAAGAUGGUUGUUGAAUAGGUGGCAGAUGAAGUUCAAUGUGGAGAAGUGUGGGGUUAUGCACUUUUGUGCAAAGAAUAUGGGAAGACAGUAUAAAGUGAAGGGCACUAUUCAAACAGUGUAAAGGGGGUGCAGGAGCAGAGAGACUUGGGUGUAUAUAUGCAUAGGUCAUUACAGAUGGCAGGACAGUUAAAGCAGUUAAUAAAGCUCAGUAUUGUAAGUUUCAUUAAUGGAAGCGUAGAGUACAAGAGCUGGGAAAUAAUAAUGAACUUCUUUAAGAUACUUGUUAGACCUUAGCUGGUAUAUUGCCUGGAUUUGUCAGUGAGUCACAGCCCUUUAUUUAGGUAGGUGUUUCUAUGGGCUAGAUAGAUAGAUAGCUGGCUCUCUCUCUGAUCUUGCUGCAUAUUAAAAAUAGUUGGCUUUACCUUGGCACCUUUUCCUUCUCUGAUCAUGCAGUGAUCAUGGACACAAACUCGCGUUGCCAUUCCAGAAUGCAAUAUUCCAAUUUACACUAUCAGCUGUUAGAAGUUGGAUGCGAGAGUCAGUUAACCUUUACUUCCUUUCUCCAAUUCUGAAACAAUUUGAAAUGAUCUUUAUUGAUGACAAUAGAAAUAUUUUCCUCAAUAUCAAUAAGACUUGACACUUGUUGUCAUUUGGACAGUAAUAUGAAGUACAACAUUAUCAUUGUCUCUUUGGAGAAAGCAUCAUCUCAUGGCAUCCACUCCCUGGUCGUACCACUUGAUGUGGAACAUGUAUGUGUGGUCUGUAUCAGCUCUGGUACUUCUGAGAGAAUUGUCUGCAGGAUGGUCCUUGUCUCCUGUAACCAGAUCUGUCUCUUGCUGCUACAUGUUUUCACAGCAAAGUUUUUGCAGAUCAAUUUAACCUGAUCGUCACCUCACUGUUUGAAGAGAUCAAUUGCAAAAGAUGUCAUUAAGCUGUCAGUGCCAGCCCAAACCAGACCAGAUGCUAAAGGCGUUCCUGCUGUCUGCCACCACCUCAGCUCAUAAAAAUCUCAGUACCAGUACCUGACCAAGUGGUGACCUUGGUACCCAGUGAUUUUUUUUGUCUCAGUUUCAUGUGCCUCUAGGAUAUGUAUCUUUUAGUUCCCACAUUUUGUUUAACGUUUUAGUUAAUUUCUGCAGACAUUUGCCUCUUUGCCAUUUGACUAAUGAACACCGUAACGACAAUUCCUUAUCCAGUCACCUCACCGGCAGGAAUAAAAUAGUUUGGUACAAAAGCAUUGCAGUUCGUUUUCAUUAAUUAGCAAGAAAACCUAUGCAUGUAUUUUCCAGAAAUAAGUAUAGAAAAUGCUGGAGAAGCUCGGUAGGUCUAGCAGCUUCUGUGGAGAGAGUGAG